AUGCUCGUGCCCCUCCUCCGCGGCCGGCGCUCUCCCAGCCCGUGGUCGACACCCAUCCUCCUCCGCGGCCAGCGCCCUCCCUCCCUGCGGCCGGCGCGCUCCUUCCCCGUGGCCGACGGGCCUCCAGCUCCGUGGCCGGCGCGGUCCCUCCUCGCUGCAGCUUGCCCCUCCUCCAUGGAUGGCCUGCACCGGCUAUCGGAACUCGUUGAGGUGGUACCCUUUAUCCUCGACCUUCAAUUACAGGUCACCAACGACGCUACAAAGAGAAAGCUCAGCGUAUUGCUGCUGGAGCUUGUGUCCGUGCAAGAGCCUGCUUCAGGGACUCCUUCCUCGUUGACACCGGCGGAGGCGCUCAUGACACUGGCACUGCAGUGCAUGACCAAUGACCAUGCGGCUCCUAACAUGUCUUCAGUUGCCGCCAAGGUCUACAAGCUCUUCCUAGAGGUGUAGGAUUGCACCGACAAAGUUCCGCAUCCUCGCCAACAUCUCCAUCUCCAUGGCCCAAGGUGAAUUCAGUUUAAUUGCUUGCUGGAGAAACUUGUGUGGUUGCUCGUCGUAGCAUUUGGAUGUGACAUGAAAUUGUUGGUAGAUUAGUUGAUUACCCCUGCCGUGGCUAUCACAUGUUUCUGAUGCUAACAAAACAGAUGAGUGUUGCUCAACACAUGUAGGCUGCAAACACCUACCAGGAAGCUUCGGCGUCCCUGCUGCUAGCACAUGAAGCGCUCGUGAGCAUAUCCUGGUGCGCUGCAAUUUGGUACAAAAUUGAAUUGAGGGAGCACCAACCGUCCAAAAAAAUGUGUAUUUCUACCUUUUUUUUUCUUUCAGAGUGUGGUGAGCAAAAAAGAGAGAUACAAAAUGAAUUCUUUUUAUUUUAAUGAAAUGUCCGUAUGGCAACAAGCCAAGAGAAUAUUUCAAAGUAUUUCUUUUUCUUGUUCGAUUGCUUUUGUAUUUGUCAUAUGAAAAUAUUGACUUGACGUUCGUCCAGAUAUCCCCGUUUGCAACAAGUCAAGGAAAUGAUUAUUUUUCUUGAAGUUCAAAAUUGCGAACUCAGCUGUUCAACGAUGCGAACCCAUGUCGUUCAACUCCCGUGAUCUCCAUCGUUUCUAAAAAAGAGUUUCCCUGUUUUUAAUUUGAAGUUAUAGAAAAAGGAUUUCCCCUGUUUCUAAAAGAACCUAGAAUGUCAAAUUUAAAUAAUGGAUUGGUUCGAUGUUUUUUUAUUUAUUACAAAACUUGGAUUUUUUUGCACUAAUUGAAAAUAAAACCAAGAAGUCCAAAUUAAAAGAUGGAGCAGUUUGAUAUUUAUAAAAAACUAAGAUUUUCCUCGUUACUAUAAAAAAACCAAGAAGUCCAAAUUAAAAAAAUGGAGCAGUUCAAUGUCUAUAAAAACUUAGAUUCCUGUUUCUUGGAAAAUAAAAGUAAGAAGUUGAAAUUUAAAUAAAAAAGCAGCUCGUUAUUUAUUAAAAAAAAUGAAAAUUUAUGUUCCUUAAAUAACACCAAAGUAGUUGAAGUAAAAAUAACAUAGGAUAAUAAACGAUUUGAGGAGUUAAGGACACGUUGACAUAAAGUAAAAAAAUGCAAUUAAACCAUAAAACAUGUUGUGAGCAGUAUAAUCUUGAUUGCUUAUAAACGUAAAUUCUCCCCGUUUAUAAAAACCUAGAAGUUCAAAGUAAAAAAAAGGAGUGAUUCAAUGUUGAUUACAAAACUCGAAAUUUCCCGUUAAAAGGAAUAAACCAAGAAGUUUAAAUUGAAAAAAACUGUAAAAUUUGAUGUUUAUUUAAAAAUAAAAAACAGUCUUUACUCAAAACAAAGAAAUGUGAAGUUCAAAUUAAAAUAAGACAGAAGUUCGGAGUUUAUUAAAACCUAGGAUUUACAUGUUUGAAAAACUAAAAAACACAACGCCAUUUUUGGCAAUUUUAAAAACAACUCUUAAACGAAAAAAAUGUUCAUGGAAGUUCAAGUGCUCGGUCAGGGAAAGUUCAAAAUUUCUUAUGAGAGAGGUUCACCUUGUAUUUAGAUGUUCAAAACACAUAAAGAGAGGUUCACCUUGUAUUUAGAUGUUCAAAUCACAUAAAGAGAGGUUCACCUUGUAUUUAGAUGUUCAAAACACAUAAAAAUAUGUUGUUUUGUUUUAAAAUAGUUCUCUUAAUCUAGAGAGUAGUGUAAAGUGAUAACAACCAGAAGUUCACGUACUACAUGGUGUGUAUUUCGUAUGAGAAAAAUAGAAUAAAAAGGCAAAGUCUAAAAUUUUUGUUGCUAGAAGUUCAAGUGCU